AUGUUCCUGUGUAAAAAGCGCUUCUGCUGGGAGCUCUUGCGCGGCAGUGCGAUGCGAGAGGCGAUGAAGGAACAGCGGAUCGGCAAACGAGGUGAACCACCUGCUGGUGGACAACUACCGCGAGCUGCAGGGGGUGCGGACGAGUCGCUGGACAAGUGCGGUGACCGGGUCAAGGCCAAGCUGGCCAACAUCUCUCGUGCCGUAGCCGUGGACGACCUAGCCGCCAUCGCCGAGGGCCUGCGGGACAUACGGCGAGAUCUGAACGCGAUCGCCGACCAGACCCAGCAGCUGCAGGUGCGGGCCGACCAGCUGACGGUGGGCCUACAGGGUGUGCAGGCUGAGCUGUCCAGCCUGCUGCUGCUGUGCAGCUCGCCCGCCUGCCAGCAGCUGGAGCGCCAGUACAACCUCUCCCAACUGGCCGUGCAGAACGAGUUCAGACAGUGGCUUGCUUACGACCUGCUGCCGAAGUUGCCGGACGUCACGAGAACGGCUCGCGAGAUUUCCUCGCUGAUCGAGAACGGCAUCGAGCGAGAGGUGCGUGCAGGCAAACGGUCGUUCGACGAGCUGUCGGGCCGCAUUCAGGCGGAGGUGGCGGCCGUCGUGCCAGAAGUGCGUCGCAGGAUUGCCCAGGCCGGCAUCCGGCUGCAGGACGCGGCAGCAAACAUCUCGUCGGCACUGGACAGCGUGCGGCUGCGGCCGGCUCACGAGGCGCUGGACGAGGCCAACCAGUACCUGCAGCAGUACGGCUCGUUCAGGUACUAUCUGUUCCUGAUCCUCUCCGGCCUGGUGCUGAUCGUCACCUUCUGCCUGGUGAUGGGGCUCUUCUGCGGCCUCUGCGGCCGGCGGCCGGGUAACGUCUACGGUGACGACACGUGCAACAAGGGCGCCGGUGCAAACUUCCUGCUGAGCGCCACCUUCUUCUUCUUCCUGUUCGGCUGGCUGGUGCUGCUGCUGGUGACGGCCAUGUUCCUGGUGGGAGGCCUGACCCAGUUCUACCUGUGCGCCGGCCUGGCCGAGCCGUCCUCGCCCGCCGGCGGGCCGGCGCUGCUCGAGGCCGUCUUCCCGGCCGACGAGCUGCUGCCGCAGCUGGCCGCCACCGGCUUCGACCUGGCCGACGUCAUCAGCUGCUGGCGAAAAUCUGGAGACGGAAACUGGCUGCACUCAUGA